AUGGGCAACAGACCUGCGCAGAUAACGCAUGCUUCUGUAUCAGGACCUUGGGUAUUAACUGAGUGGACAGAAUAUGAAGUUCCCACCGUUCACAUACAAGGGCACAAUCGUCCUGUUGUUACUCGGCGUCAAUUUACUGUAAGGCCAGCUUCUACAGAAAAUAAUCAACAUUUGAAUACGCGUGAAUCUGGCAUCAGACAAUAUCCACAAAAUAAUAGGACCGCUGUUCGUGUUCAUAAUGGACGUAGUAGUCGCUCAAGAUCUGAAAUAAAGCCUCGAUCGGGAACAUUUAGUAAUGGUACAAUAAGAUAA